CCACCACNCCUCCUCCUCCUCUUUCAGGCCUUUUCUCAAACACCCUCUCUCCACCAUGUCGCAAACCCCGAACCCCAAUCCUAACCCUAAACCUAAUAGCUCGCCGCUCACCACCGCCACCGCCACCGCCACCACCACGCGCGCGAGGAAGAAGGCCUACCGCGAGUCCGCCGAGGGCGUCCUCCGCCGCGAGCUCGACCUCUGCUCGAAGCGCGGCGACCUCGCCGAGGCCCUCCGCCUCUACGACUCCGCCCGCGCCGCCUCCGUCCCCCUCUCCCUCCACCACUACAACGUCCUCCUCUACCUCUGCUGCUCCUCCUCCUCCUCCUCCCCCGACCUCGACCGCGGCUUCGAGAUCCUCCGCCACAUGGCCGCCGACCCCUCCGUCGCCCCCAACGAGGCCACCUUCACCAGCGCCGCGCGCCUCGCCGCCGCCAAGCGGGACCCCGCCCUCGCCUUCGACCUCGUCCGGCGCAUGGCCGCCGCGGGCAUCCCCCCGCGCCUCCGCUCCUACGGCCCCGCCCUCUUCGGCUUCUGCGACGCCGGCGACCUCGCCGGCGCCCACGCCGUCGAGGCCCACAUGGCCGCCUCCGGCGUCGCCCCCGAGGAGCCCGAGCUCGCCGCCCUGCUCGCGGCCAACGCCCGGGCGGGCGACGGUGGGCACGUGUACCGCGUGCUCCACCGCCUCCGGAGCGUCGUCCGGGUGGUCUCGGAGCGGACCGCGGAGAUUGCUGAGAGGUGGUUCGGCUCGGAGGCGGCGGCGGAGGCCGGGGUGGAGGAGUGGGAUGAGGAGAAGGUGAGGGAGGGGGUGGCGAACGGCGGAGGCGGGUGGCACGGGCAGGGGUGGCUGGGGAAGGGGCCGUGGAGCCUCGGGAGGAGCGAGAUGGAUGAGGAUGGGGUGUGUAGGAGAUGCGCGGAGAGGUUGGUUUGUAUAGAUAUCGAUCCGUCGGAGACGGAGGACUUUGCCAAGUCUCUCGCCGCCUUAGCUUCGCAAAGAGAGGUUAAAGCCGAUUUCUUGGGGUUCCAGGAAUGGCUUGAGCGUAAUGGACCGUUUGAUGCUGUUAUAGAUGCUGCAAAUGUUGGCCUUUAUAAUCAGAAAAAUUUCAGCUUUUUUCAGCUAAAUUCUGUUGUAAAUGGCAUGCGCCAAAUGAGCCGGUCAAAUAAGUUGCCGCUUAUUGUUUUGCAUAGCCGUCGUGUAAAAGGUGGCCCUGCAGAUGCCCCAAACAAUAAAAAGCUUAUAGAAAGCUGGAGAAGGGCUGGCGCACUCUAUGCUACUCCUCCUGGAUCAAAUGAUGAUUGGUAUUGGCUCUAUGCAGCUGUUAGUUGCCGCUCUUUGGUUGUUACAAAUGAUGAGAUGAGGGAUCACCUGUUUCAACUGCUAGGGACUAGCUUUUUCCCAAGAUGGAAAGAGAAGCAUCAGGUGAGGCUUACAUUCUCCAGACGGGGACCUGCUUUCCAUAUGCCUCCUCCAUACUCGAGAGUUAUACAGGAGUCUGAAGGAGGUAGUUGGCACAUACCCACACUAACUGGCGAUGACAUUGAAGCACCUCGGCAGUGGAUUUGUGCUACUCGAAAUACAAUAAGGGCAUCCUCUCGGCCUCCUUCGAGGUUAAGCCAAAUGGGCUGGUAACAGUUCUAUGAGCUUCUGGACGAGAUUGGCUUUUUUGUACUUGUUCAUUCUUUGGCACGAAGAUGCCUUACAUCUACUCAAGCAGCUCAAGAGGAUCAAGCUAAAUUCUCGUGUACCUCGCUCCGCUGUCGAAAUUUCAGUUUCAGGCCAAAUUUUCAAGGUAUCACCUAUGUAUUUCAUCACAAGUCGAACAAGUUUUUUAUGUACAAGUGCCAGGAGACGAGAAUUGGUCCUCAAUUAUGAGAACCAAGCCUAGGGACUUAUUCGACAUGGGUGAAGAUUCGACAGAAAACACUUCUGGGAAUUAAAAAAUGACGUCGAGGGAAUUAAAAAAUGAUGUCGAGGUCAAGAAGAUUACGCAAUUGCAACAUAAUUGAUUCUGCCUCUCAAAAUGAGUCACAAAUUCAAGAACAAGCAAGCGAGGAGCAAUCGCUAUCUUCCUCGGAACCUCCUACAGAAUCAAAUAAUACUGAGUUUGAAACUACUAAUCAGAAUGAAAUAUUUCUUUGGAUCAUUGGUUAGCAAUACUAUGUGUUAAUUAUAUUGCAUAUAAACUUUAUGUUAUAUUUAAAUUAAUAUAUUUAAGCUUCUUUUUAGGUGCCGAUAAAACUCGACGUAAGAAGCGAGGACGUACAACAUUAGCAGAUGUAUGGAAUUUAUCUGAAAGAGAGAGAAUUGAGGUUGAAGUAGAUAAAUAUGGGGUUCCUUGUACCUAUGCUGGAUCUAUUCUUGGAUUAUUUUUGGGAGUAGCCGUGAAGAAUGGAUCAUUUACUCCUUUAAACAUUCCGCGAUAGGAUAACCAAGCUUUUAACCCAUUCAAGAAAAAAAAUGUUAAAACAUGUUGAGGCUUUUUUAUAUGCAUUUAUUUCUUUUACAUUUUAUAUUUUAAUUUAAACUAGAUUUUUAACAUUAAGUUUUUUAUUUUAUUAAUAGUAAAAGUUUAGAUAUCUCGAGGGAACGAGGCAUUGGGUGUUGGCAUCUUUAAACAAAAAGUGGAGAGACUAUAAGAAUGAACUAAGGUGCGAAUAAUUCUCAGAAGAUAAACCGAUUCAAGAGUUAAUUAACAAUGUACCACGUGGUGUAAUUCGGAAUCAAUGGACUAGUCUAGUGGCAUAUUGGUGCACCGACGAGAGUAAGGUAUAGAAAUUUUGUAUUUAUUUUAAAUUUAUUCUAAUAUUAGUAUAUUCACUUUUAAUGUAAGUAUUUAUAUUUUCGUAUCAUAAAAACUUUGUGAAGUGAAUUAUAUUUCUGCGAAGAAAGUAAAGAUGGCCUACAUAUUAGGCAGAAAAAGUUAUGCUAGAAAACGAAAGGAAUUGGUAACGACUCAAUAUUAAAUUUAUUUGAUUAUAUAUUAUGUUUUAUCUCUAUCUUUUACAAUUCAUAUUUGUAAUUACAGAAAAUUGCUCUUGGUUUUUAUGGAGGUCACUCAUAAGAAAAAGAAUGAAAAUUUUGUAAAUGAGGAUGCGGUUGAUCAGGUUCCUUAUUUACAAAAUUUUCAUUCCUCCCAAAAAGCUAGUCGACUAGGUUCUUUGUCUAGAGCAAUUUUCUGUAAUUGUAAAUAUGAAUUGUAAAAGAUAAAGAUAAAACAUAAUAUAUAAUCAAAUAAAUUUUAAUAUCGAGUCGUUACCAAUUCCUUUCGCUUUCUAGCAUAAUUUUUUCUGCCUGAUGUGUGGGCCAUCUUCACUUUCUUCGCAGAAACAGAAUUCACUUCACAAAGUUUUUAUGAUAAGAAAAUAUAAGUACUUACAUUAAAAGUGAAUAUACUAAUAUUAGAAUAAAUAUAAAGUUUCUAUAUCUUACUCUCGUCGGUGCACCAAUGUGCCAUAGGCUAGUCCAUUGAUCUCGAAUUAUACCGAGUGGUACAUUGUUAAUUAACUCUUGAAUCGGUUUGUCUUCUGAGAAAUAUUCGCACCUUAGUUCACUCUUAUAGUCUCUCCAUUUUUUGUUUAAUUUUUUGUUUAAAGAUGCCAACAGCCAAUACCUCGUUCCCUCGAGAUAUCUAAACUUGGACUAUUAAUAAAAUAAAAAGCUUAAUGUUAAAAAUCUAGUUUAAAUUAAAUUAUAAAAUGUAAAAGAAAUAAAUGCAUAUAAAAUAAGCUCAACAUGUUUUAAUAUUUUUUUCUUGAAUGGGUUAAAAGCAUGGUUAUCCCAUCGCAGAAUGUUUAAAGGAGCAAAUGAUCCAUUCUUCGCGACUACUCCCAAAAAUGAUCCAAGAAUAGAUCCAGCAUAGGUACAAGGAACCCCAUAUUUAUCUACUUCAACCUCAAUUCUCUCAAUUCUCUCUCUUUCGGAUAGAUUCCAUACAUUUGCCAAUGUUGUACGUCCUCGCUUCUUACGUCGAAUUUUAUCGGCACCUGAAAAGAAGCUUAAAUAUAUUAAUUUAAAUAUAACAUAAAAUUUAUAUACAAUAUAAUUAGCAUAUAGUAUUACUAACCAAUGAUUCAAAAAAAUAUUUCAUUCUGAUUAGUAGUUUCAAACUCAGUAUUAUUUGAUUCUGUAGGAGGUUCCGAGGAAGAUGGUGAUUGCUCCUCGCUUGCUUGUUCUUGAAUUUGUGACUCAUUUUGAGAGGCAAAAUCAAUUAUGUUGCAAUUGCGUAAUCUUCUUGACCUCGACGUCAUUUUUUAAUUCCCGUGCAAAUGAUGAUAAAUGCUAAGAAAAGAUAAAAUGAUACCAAUAAUAAAAGUAAUAUUAGUCAGGUACGACCGUACGAGAGUAUAUUGAUCGAAGAAAACUUGAAUAGAAAAUAGAUGCAUGAAAGUACUAUUAUAAAAGUACUAUAGGAAAUUAUAGUUCAUCAUUGCUAUCUUCAUUUACGUUUUAUUGAAUCAAAUUUGGAGCUUCAUUCUCAUUUAAAUUUUCAACAUGUGAGGGCACUACAGAAGUGUUUUCUGUCGAAUCUUCACCAAUGUCGAAUAAGUCGCUCGGCUUGGUUCUCACAACUGAAGACCAAUUCUCGUCUCCUAGUACCUGUACAUAAAAAACUUGUUCGACUUGUGAUGAAAAUACAUAGGGAUCAUCUUUCAGCUCUGUACCUGUGAAUUAGUCGAGAAAAGUUUACAAUAGUGUAU